CACACUCUGACUCCGACUCGUUAAAUUAUGCUUGUAAAAGUUGUGGGCGCUUGCCAAGCGCUCACGUUCCCACUCAUACCUGGUCGAGAUUAGUUGCUUCUCUCACCUUCAAGUGGUGAAGAGAGUGGACAACUUGCAAAAUGAAUCCCCAAAUAGGGUUCUUGUCUCUUGCUGAAGAACUCCUGAUUUACAUUAUGAGCUUCCUUUCUUGCCGAGAUAUUCUUCACUGUGCAUCCGUAUGUAAGGCCCUUCGUGAGAUGUACAUGUCCUCCUCCGAGCUUCAGUACAUCGUUGAACUGAGUGGACAACGGUUGCUUCCUGUCCCCAACACGGACAAUAGCAUUACUGUUUCCAAGCGCCUGCAACUUUUGAGAGAUAAAGCUCACGCAUGGUUCAAGGUUGACAUCCACUCUUUCGAAACGGUCCCCAUAACAAGGGUACCACAUCCAUAUCGGGGGAAAAGAUUUGCUGGUGGGCAUCUCUACUCGUGGAACGCACAUGAAGAUACGGCCACGAUCUUUCCAAUACUUCCAAAGCCCUCACAACAAUCAAUUCAACGCAAUUGGCUCCCAGGGACCUUGUGUUCAGUUCCCCACUCAUACAACCUCGAUGUGUUUAUGGACCCAGCACAAAACCUGAUCGCCGUUGUCUAUGUUGUUGAUUACAAGACAGUCUAUAUUAACCUCGGAGUCCUAGAUGGAGAUGAUAUUCACCCUCAGGCUACUGGAGAGAGACUGUUUUUGUUGGACGACUCGGACAACCACCAUAAAACGAUAAGUGCAAAGCUCAAAGGUUUGGGGAGGCAUAUCGCUUUGUGGCGUCGCUUGGACGAUGAAAAUUGGACUUCAUCGGACGAGAAGUGGCAGCUGCAGAUUUGGGAUUGGCAACACUCGACGACUUCCAAUAGCAUCCUCAGCGGCGUAGUACCCAACACCACAAUCGAUUUUUGUUUCCUCGGAAACAAUCGAUUGCUGGUUAUAACCGAUAACUUGAAGCUCUAUUCAAUCGAGGAUAUGUCCCAGGCACCGGAAUUGCUGGCGUGUUUCCUGAUGCCUGUCUCAUUGAUGCUAUGGUGCCUCCCGGGCCUUCCGAUAGAUGAUGUUGGCCAUAGCUCGCAACCGCAGACGCAAGCCCAGCGGACGAUGUACACUUCAGACCCUACACAUCGACUCCUAUGCCUCAUAGCGUCCUCUUCUCGUACCGAUUCCUUUUCUAGUACUCAGGUCAUCAUCAUUUCCACGAGGAUUUUCUUCGACCUUGACGGAAUGGCAGCAACGCCAAUACCAUGGCAACAUUGGGGCCCUUCAAAUACUCGUAUUUUUCGGCACCCAUAUCAUUUCAAAGUUCACAUUAGCGGGAAUCGAGUAUUGCAGGCACUCCCUGUCGGCACACGAAAUUCGGAAUUUAUGUUGCAUUUGAUGGACUUUAGCCCGCUAGCUGUGACAAACAGGCGGGGUUUAGGACGAGUGGUGAAGGAACCAUCCACGAUAUACAUCAGCGAUUCCACUGGUAGAUCUGGAGGGAGCUUGACGACAUCCUUGCCUUAUGUCCAGGUCGUAUUUUCGGACAGAAAGUUCGAUUCCGCCGAGUCAGAGCUAGAGGACAUAUGGAUCGACGAGGAUAGAAUUUAUAUGCUUAAUGCAGAUUUGGAACCCACAACGUUCCGUGGCGAUCCGGUUUUCGUAAAGCGGCCUAUUGGCAAGCUUGAGGUCAUUGAUGUCUAGAGCAGAGCCAGCUAGUUAAUGAUUAGCUAGGUACUUAUGGAGAUCAUCGG